AUGGACUUCAUUGGCUACAAGCAUUAUAGACUCCUGAAAUUCUGUUUCUUCGCGACGGGACUGACACCGUACAAACCAAUGCUGUUAAGCGUAGUGCAUACUAUGUUUGUAUGUUUGAUACUUCUUCUCGGUCAAAUGUUUUCCAUAUUUUUUCUCCUGAAAAACAACAUUUGCCUCUCUCAAUUUUUUCCAUCGCAAGUAGGCAUUACAGUUUUUAUAACAAGUGUAAAUGUAACAUAUGGUUUAUUACUUGUGAAAUCUGUAAACGAAUGGUUAAACGAUAUAAAACGUGAUUGGAAUCAUAUAAAAGACAAAGAAGAAUUUAAAAUACUUAAAAUACAGAUAGCGAUGGCAAAUCGUUACAUAAAUAUUUAUUUAAUUACAGUUUGUACAUUUCAUGCUGGUUUUUUCAUUAUUACUAUGAUGCUGUUUCUUUCACAUCGCAUUCCCGAGAUUGUUUUAUCUACUAACAAAAUUCUGUGUUAUAUGCCGACUGAUCCGUUGAUACCAAUGAUGCUUGUAGAUAAGUCUCAAAAUUAUUAUUUGAGUAUCAUUUUGAAGAACGUUACAAACAUUCUGAUUGCAACAAUUUUGUGUUGUCGUGACGUUCUCUUUUUAUUGACAAUUUUGCAUAUACAUGGGCUGUACAAAAUUGCUAUUUACCACAUGAAAAAUGCCGUGGAUAGAAAUUCGAUAGAAAUGGCCAUUCCCAAGAAGGAUAUCGUUAUACGCAACAAAAUAAUACAUUCAAUGAAAAUUUUUAACUUAAUAAUAAAAAUGGUAUAAUUUAUCAUUAACGAUACAGAAAUUGCUACUUUUUAUAAUGAGAGGAAACCAUCAUUCAGCAGUAUUCAAUCUCUAUGGUAUAUGGGUACCCACGUUCCAAAAUUUGGGCAUGGUAAGAAAUAUUAAGAAACCAAAAGAAAGAAACCAAAAUACAUAAAAUACUUUUCCAGCAAUUCAAAUUUUCUUGGUCCUGCUUUAUGGCAUUGUAUGCCACUCAGAAAUAAUGACAACGAUUAUAGCACAUUAGCGGACUAUACGAACACAUGUUACACCAGUUGUUAUACGUUAUUAUUAUUUCCACUGCAAGAUGACACUUUAUAAUAACAUAGUACGUAUUUGGAUUGUGUUAGAAGUAAUUCACCGGUAUGAAAAUACAUCUACAGUUCAUUCAUUAUGUGAAAAGCAGGACUAAAGGUAUCAUUUGAAAUUGAGUACGUCUCUUUAUCACUUUUUAUCAAUCGCAAUCUCCGAAAACCAUUAGGAAUUAUAUAUUUAGUACAUACUUAUAUUUAUACAUUUAUCUAAAAGUUCUAGGGUCGCCCCUGAUAUUCCCGUUUUCGUUUUCUUUCGAAAGUAAUGUUGUGAUUAUAAUAUAAUCUCCUCAACGUUCAUUCUCUUCGUCAACAAGAAUUCUCAUGGUACUUAUAUGACUUUAGAAUCAUCAAGUUUGAUCCACGACUCUAGACGCGUGACGAUUGCUAAACAAUGUGUAACAGGCCUUACUGCUCAAAAUAUUGCCAUUAAAUGCACUAAGCCUUAAAGACUAUACAGGAGAAAUAUUGUUUGCUUCUGCUUUUGUUUUGCAGAAAUUCUAGAUUUUCUAGUAAUUUGAUUACAGAAUUCCAAAACAAUUUUAUAAUUGUUCACAAUCGCUCAUCUAACACUGCGUCAAUUUGGAAUCUAGUCAGAAAUAAUUAAUUCAUGUUCAUUUUCAGUUGAAUGACCCGGUCGCUUCAACGGUACAGAAAUGUUUUAACUGUAUUAUAGAAAAUCGUAUUAAUUAACUGCGCCCUCAGUUAUUUGUAUUUUUAUGUUCGUUACUAUUGUUUUAUAGAUUAUAAUUUUGAAUUUAAAUAACUAGGUACUCUUGCCAUUUAUUAAACAUUUGGGCACUUUAAAGACAUUGAUAGCAAUAGUUAUCUAUUUCUUUGCUAUCGUGCAAAACUUCUUCUCUAAUUCUUCUGUUUUUUCUAAAGAUACUCUAUCUUUGUAUAUUGCAAAUAAAUUUUAGGUAUGAGUCAAAUAAAUGCUCUUUUUUGUCUUUGAGUGGUUCAGAAAUUAAAAAAUCAAAAAUAAACAAAUUUUUAAUCCAGAAUAAUCUUAUUACCUACAUACGUGCAUAUUAAUUUGUUUUGUAUUAAAUUUGUUAUUAUAAUUAAUUAUUAUAAUUUGUUAGAAUAAUUAUAAAAAUAUAAUUAUUCUGAUUGUUUCAUAUAAGUUUUUUUAGGUUUCAGAAAGGAUAA